AUGGAUUCAAUUACGGAAAAGAGGACGCUGAUAGCCCGAGACUCUACAGCUCUCAGUCUAGGAUGGAUCGUUGGCAUUGCCGUCUGCGGCGGCGUGUCGUUGUUUAUCUGCAUUGGCUUCCUCAUGUUGUGGAAGAUUCGACGAGGCCCUCCCAUUGCCCGAAGAAUAGAGACUGAAGUCCGAGUUCCCAAUAAGGUUGGCGAUGAUGUCUCGUGUGCAACAAAAAUUCAAGUCUCUCCUACGAGACUGGCCAAACGCAAGAUGCUCGCCGCCCAGUCCGACUCCAAGCUGUCCACUUACCCUUCCAGCCAUCUCACCAGAAGCCACUCGAGCCGCGUCUCUCUCAACGAGCCUGCUGUUCCUGCUAUUCCUCCUUUGCCUUCGACUGGCUUUAGCCUCUUCAAUAUCCGUCGCAGCAAGACGCAUCGCAGCCAAUCGGAGGAAGAGGAGCCUUCCAAGAGACUUAGCAAGAGACUGAGCAUGUCGACCUGGGUGAUGCGCGAUAGCUGGUUUGGUGCUCCAGAUGCUAUUAGAGAUAUUGAAGCUGUUGACCAUGGAACUUCGGAAGGACGAUUCUACUCAGAACCUAAUCUUGGCACUAAUGUCGCCAUCCAGCCCCCAGACGCCGCGUAUAUCCAGGAGCAGAUUGAUGCUCAGCAGCAACAGGCAUUUAAGCAAUACUGGCACCAACAGGCUGCUGAGAUUCAGCAGGAAUACAACCAAAAGCGCGUCUCACAAUCUUCUCAACGGCGUCCACUCUCUGUUGCCGAGUCUGGGCUUCGUGAUAUUUUGCGUUGCACCGACCAGCGCCUCAGAGAGGGUCAGACAUCACCGUCUCGAACGCCACGCAGCUCGCUCAUGCGCCCUGUUUCUCUGCGAACUCCUCGCAGUCUCAAGACCAACUCCAACUCCUCCCAGCAACCUCCUAGUCCUUUUAAGCGCGGCUCUCUCAUCGAAUCCAACACCUGGGCUACCCAAGUGGACUCUACCAACUCUAUUGGCAGCGUUGCAAACAGUCUUAUUGCCGAAGCCAUUGAAGAGCUCCAGCUCCCCGGUGGUCACUCCAGCCCCAGCCGUCUGCGUGGCCGCGAGUGGGAGACACAAAACAACCAACAUCUUGCCCAGAACCUGGCUCCCAAGAGCCCUGAACGUGCUCCCAGAAGCCCUCAGAGAAGCCCCCAGCGCAGCCCGCAACGCAGCCCUCAGCGUCGCAGAUCCCAGGAUAGCGAUGCAUCUAGCAGUCUUUCUACACUCUACAGUGAGCCCGAGGAGGACGACCCAUUCGUUGAGAAGAACAGCUUGGCUGCUCGCUACCAGCCAAUGAGCGGCCCCCGACCUUUGACUUCUAACUCUGACACUAUGAUCAAGACCACAGUCCGCGCUGUGCCGUCCUACACUCGUCCUCACUCGGACAGAGCCGAUGGCAAACCCAUCCGAGAUAGCGCCCUCAUUGACCCCAAUAAUCUGUCUAUUGUUCUCCAGCCUCCUCAGAUGAGCCAAUCCGAAGAAGUCCGCCCCAAGGCUGGCGAGUUUGUUCAGAUCUUCGAGGACCCUUCCCGCGAGACCUUCCUCAACUCUCCCGAAUCAUCGUAUGACGAUGAUGAUGAUGAGAGCUUCGUCUCCGUCUCCGUGGCAUCCAUGUCUGAGGCGUCGACUCCCAAGUCCAUGUCCCCAGCUGAUGAUGAUACUCCCUCCAAGGAUGUUAUUACGCACAUCUCCAACAGACGCCGGUCACCCACUGCCAGCCCCUUGUCGACGACCGGCGACGGAAACGACGACGAUGCGGCUUCCAACGCCUCUUCUUCCCCCUACAACGAAGGCGAUAUUAUCUCCAUGCUCAUGGCAACUUCUUCGCCCAAGAGAACCUUGCCUGCUCCUCCCACUGUCUCUGGCCCCGACGGCACUGUUGUAACCAUUCUCUCUCCUCCUCCUCGCGAGACCAUGGAGCGCAAGGUCUCGGACAGCAGCUCGUACUACCAGUCCGAAGCCCCCUCCAGCGUCCAAGGCAGCGGUGCUCUUUCCACUGGAUCUCCUGCCCUUAAGCCCACCAUCAAGGCCAUCCAGGGCCUCAACAGCGUCAGCUGCAUGGUUGCCGAGCUUAGACGCAUGAACAGUCUGCGCAGUUCCCAGAGCACAGGCUCGCUUCAGUCCGCUCAGGCCAGCGAAACCUCGUCUACCCAGCACGCCAACGGCCCACGCAUCGGUGACCGCCACUACUUCAACAUGGGCAAGUCGCACACCAAGUCCUACUCGACUGGUGGACAGCCUACAAGCCGACCUCAGGGAGCUCGCCGCUACCCUGGCCCUCCUGGAGCCUCCAAGCUGCGCGAGGAAGUUGUCGAAGGCAAGGAGAACCAGGGCCUCGGUAUCCGAACCGCGCUUGUCCGUAGUGACACUGCUGGGUCCCAGGGCCUCCGUGAAGAUACUUCUGCCGCCAACCUUGUCAUUGAGUCCCCUCGCUCGUCUCCCAAGCCUACUGUGCCCAUCCGAAGCCCGUCUCGUCCUCAGAGCGCCGGAAGAGCUAGCCCACCCAAGGGUCCCAAGCCCAUGCACCAGACUGUUGAGGAGCUUUCCAAGAAGGAACGUCGCCGCCAGAAGCGUGACAGCAUGGUCAUCUUUGACGGAACCAGCUUCAACCUCGCCGAUACUCGCAACCGACCUUUGAGGAUGUGA